AUGGGUGGAGGAGGAGGUGAUACCACGGCUGAGAUAAGAAAACGACGAAGAUCCGCAGUAUACUCUAUCGAAAGCAACAGAUCGAUAUCCAGUGGAAAAGAAACACAAAUAUUUGACAGGGGAAAGGUGAAUGUAACCAUUGCAAACAACUCUUUGAAAUAUCCAGACGCGAGAAAAUACACGGUCCUUCGGAUAACAGUUGUAAAACAUGGUCGAAACCAAAGUGACGAGACAUCCAAAGUGCUAUCUGUAGCCAAUGAUUUAAAACAGGAAAAUAUGCUCGAAAAAGGAGCUAAUGCCCGCGACAAAUCUCUAGAUAUCAUGAGGGGAGCAAACAUUCCCCUUUCUUUUCAAGUAAACGGUAAGGGUUCGAGUGAAAAGGACGGCUCGCUUAACGACUUGUAUGGCGGCAAGCCAAUUACAUUUGAUAGGCAUUCUUCAAAUGAAAGCAGUGAACACGUACCACUACAAAAAGGGGAUGCUGAUUUAUCAACGCAAAAGCCAGAUAAUCAGCAAGGCAAAACAAAUUCGAAAGUGCUCUUGGAGGCGAAGUUGAAUCCAAUUAGAAUAGGUAUUCAGCUGGAUGGUGACAAAAAUAACAAGGAAGAGUCUGUUACUCAGCCUUCUGAAAACAUUUCUCUUCAAGAAGUUUUAAAGGAUAUCGACGAUACAUCACGAAAAGCAGAUCCUUCACUGGAUGAAAAUAAUGGUGAUAAAGAGAACAACGUUCUUAUAAGUUUAAAUGAUGGGAAAGUAAAAGAUGACCAUUUGCAUGUCAGGCCACAGAAUACGGUCAAAGACAAGGAAAACCUUGAUAAGCUACGUAUACAGGCAACGAGCAACAAAGAAAACAAAAAUGGAACAGAGGUAAAUACAGCGGGGGUUUCUAUAAUGACGGAAAGCAAAGGGCCUCAAACGGAUGGCCUCAUGAAAGUUCUUUUGACCAAGUUACUUGGAAGCGACAUAAAAGACGCACUGAAACAAAAGGAAUCAGAGGAGUUUAAGCCAACGAGCAGCCAGAAAAUUAUCUCAUCAUCAGAUAUGGCAUCCACUACUGCAGCUGGCACCACCGUAGAAUCUCCCCCUGGGACGAUAAAAGGGGUGGAUACAGCCGAAAUGAACAACAACGCAGGAGCAGUCAUCAAUGUUGAACCACCUGCAAUGGAACAAACUGGUCCGCAAUGCCUCGGAGGUGGGCCCGAACCAGACCUGUUGCACACUACAGGUGCUCGAGUUCCAGAAAAUCUUCAUUUGCCAGGUGGAAGGGAUUGCUCUCAGGGAAUAGAAAGUUUACCAACUAAAAAUGAGGCAUCGAGUUCACCAACAGGCAUGGUAAUCGAGUCUGCACCUGGAACACAGCACGCAGUUGGAACUGGAAUGCCCCCUCCAGCUGUGAUUGCACCAAAUCCACCUCCCCUUACACCCUCUAAUCAAAGAUUUGGCUCUACAACGCCGGCGGGAGUUGGUGUUGAAUCGCCACCAGGUACCAUUCAUGCAGUUGGCACCAGUCUUCCUGCAGAGGGCAUCGAUGAAAUGGGUGAUAAUGGAGCGUCAACAGGAGUUACUGGUGGGAUAGGAGGAAGUACUGGAGGUGGCAUCGGGGGCGCGGGGGGCAUUGUGGGAACAGGCGGAACAAAUCUUGGAGUGGGAGGGGGAAAUAUGGGAGGUGGACUUGGCGCUGGAGCUGGUGGUAUGACUGGAGGAGGCGGCGGUGUUGGAGCUGGUGGAAUGGUUGGAGGCGGCGGUGCUGUUGGAGCUGGUGGAAUAGCUGGAGGCGGUGGAAUAAUGGGUGGUGGCAUGGUCGGAGGCGGCGGGAUGACGGGUGGUGGAACAAUCGGAGGCGGCGGGAUGACGGGUGGUGGAAUGGUCGGAGGCGGCGGGAUGACGGUUGGUGGAAUGGUUGGGGGCGGCGGGAUGACAGGUGGUGGUGGAAUGGUAGGAGGUGGUGCUGGUGGAAACAUGGGAGGGGUAGGAGGGGGUAUAGGAGGAGGUAUCGGAGGAGGAGCAAGAGGAAUGGAAGUCAUUUUGGACUUGGCGUUCUUGAUCGAUGGAUCUUCAGCUGUAGGAAAUGAGCAAAACUUCCAACAGUUACUCAAGUUCGUCAGUGCCGUAUCGCAUUCAUUCUCCAUCCAUCACGACAUGACUCGCGUUGGAGUUGUUGUAUUUUCUCUCGAGGCUUUCGUCAUCUUUAACUUUCACACAUACUUUGACAUACAAAACAUCGACCAAGCGUUAUCGUCUGUGCAAUAUCCUGGAACAGAUGGCCCAGGAACAUACAUAGGGCGUGGUUUGCACGUUGCAAAGCAAUACCUCUUCAGUGCCUCAGGAAGGGGACAUGUGCCGAGGGCCAUUGUUCUUCUUGCUGCUGGGAGAUCUAUUGAUGAUGUUAUUACGCCGUCUAUGGACAUCAGGUCGUAUGGAGUGGAAAUGUUUUGCGUGGGUAUUGGGAACCUUUACAGUAAAUUACAGCUCCACGCAAUGGCAAGCUUUCCACACAGUGAACACAUUUUCAGGGGUGAUUACUCACAAAUGGGGCGAACUGCGCAACAAGUCGUUACCAAGAUUCUGAAAGGGCAUCAGGAACUAUGUGAUUACUGUCCGAGUGAAUUCCAAGAUGACGAUGAAGUGGAAGAGGGCUACAAGCGUCACCAUCAUCAUCAUCAUAAGCAUGAUAAAAUACAAGUUCAACUUGGUAAUGACCAACGGAGACAUUCAAAAAGAAAACGGCCUAUUGCCAAAAUCAGUGGAGAUUAUGAAGUCAAGCAAUUUAAGCUAGCCGGACCAACUAAGGACCAAGAAAGACAUUAUGAGCAAAGCUACCGCGCUGACACGUUUAGCAACAGGAAUGAUGACGUACACCCUACGGCAAAUCCUGACACAGAUUAUUAUGGUGAAUACAAAUUCGAUGACAGCAAAAUGACCGUAGAAGACAAUGACUGCAAGGACUACUCAGAUGACUGCAACGACUAUGCGUCACGUGGUUUUUGCAGUGAGUAUGCUCCGACAGCCAGCAUAGGAACCAUAAACAUGAUGUGUAAGAGAGCAUGUGGCACCUGCUCAUCCAACACAAUGCGCAAAGAAAAACAAGAUACCUAUGAGGUUAGCGAAAGAGAUCCUUUUUACAAGAAAGACGAAAUUGAAAAAGCGAAGGAUCAAAAGCCAAACCACCUAAAGCACCGUUUAAAUAAACUAUAGCGCAAUGAUAGCAAUAGAGAAUCAAACUCAAAAACUAUUUCUUUCAAAAAAGCCUUAAUACUGCCCCCUCCCCCCUCCCUAAUACAUCAUUUUUAAUUACCCCAUGCGAGGACCACCCAAACAUUGCUAUUCAAACAGGUCUUUCCUUACGAAUUCUGUCUCUGAGCGCGGCAAACCGUCUUUUCUUCGUGCAUAAAGCUUUUAGACCACACAUACACAUACUUAAGCACAGGAAACAGUCAAGGGUACCAUCUCAUAUGCAUGCUGUGACAUGAAGCAGAUUACUAAAACAGCAAAGAAUGCAAAAUGUAGUAGGUAAAAAUGUUAGGUUUUAGGCAUUAGAUAUAUAGAUAUGUUACGAACUUGAGCCACGCUUUUCUUUUGAAAAUGAUAAACGGCUUCUAAUGAAGGAAACGACUGAUGAAAAAUGUGAAACAGGCUAGCUUGUUUCACAUUUUUACAAAAAUAUAAAUUGGGUCGUUCAUCUUCGGUCACGGCGCUCGUUUCUCGAAAGUGCCGGUAACUUAACGGGCCCAAAGCCAUGUUUUAAAAUCAAAAUUUAAAGGAUAGGAAGGCAGGUUCUG